AUGCCAGUCGUACCACCCAUGGAUGACGUUCGACCCUCAUCAAGGGGAAGCAGUAGUCAGAGGGAAGGUUCGAGUAGACCCGCAGCACCCGCUGGAAAAGUGGAUAAGAAGAGUGGGGACACACCGAAUGGGAAGGAUAAGGAGAAAGGUUGGAUAGAAGGUGUGGAUUACGCUUAUGAAUAUGUACCAGUCUCUCAGAGACGACAAGGUAGAAAGAAUAUGUGA